AUCUUCAAACAGAAUUCAGUACUUUCAACAACAGUCCCAGCGUUGCUUCAAUGAACGCGCCUGUCUCGAUGUCAUUCGUUGGCGGUUACAGAGCACGCUUAAUUUCUGCACGUUCCGUGCCGCGCGUUGGAAAAACUGAAUCUUCCCAAAAAGCGUGGAAAUAUACUUGUACAUUUUACAUACAGCAAAAGUGCUCCUUCGUGCGCUGACUUGGUUGCUAUUUUCUCUUCCGUCUUUUCUAGGACCUCGAAUGUCAGUGGAAUAAUUAGAAACACAGCGCUAGCUUUAACUCUAUUCUUCGGUCUCGUAACGUCAACGACGUCGCAGGGUAUUUUUCUCGCUAUUGGCUGGUGGUUCACUGGAAUAUAAGCGCUGCUGUGAGUCUGAGCUGUGAAGGGGCAUUCCUCGCGCCGCGCUUGGAUCUGGACCGCGCGCGCGCUGCAGCAACGGCCACUCUGUCCAUCAUCGGCGCGCGCUGGACAUGCAGGUUUGCAGAUAGUUAUGGCUACCAAGUUAUAUGAAUGAAUGUGUUACUCAGUUAUGCUAUUAUCCUCAAAAAAUCCAUUCCAAUGAGAGAAAUCACGUCAGCGUGAUGUGAAUUUGAAUUUUUUUUCUGAGCCCUUCUCUGUGGGAGACUUUUUUUCCGUUACCAUGUACUUCGAAUAAACCGAAUCAGUUUACCCGCUCGCGCUCGUUUUUAUCCUGUUUAAUAACGAUGGCUAACGAAUUUCGCUAUGACAAUCGGAAUAUUGUGGAGAAAUAUCUUAAUCACAAACUUUUAAAGAGGGGAUAUGUAUGGAAACUUCCAUCUUCUGAGGAAGAAGAUGACACCUUCAAUAGAGGAGAGGACUCCUCUCCAAACUCUGACAGGAGGAGGCUUCAGGCUCCCUCGGUCGGCGGGGGUAACAACUCUGAAUGCCUGAUAGCCCACCGUCUCACCCUUUCAGACCCUCAUUUGAUGCUCUACCGGGUGUUACGCGAGGCUGGAGACGAGAUGGAAAGGAUCUACCAGCGUGAAUUUGAGGAGAUGUCCCACCAGAUGAUAUUGAGUCCCAAUGUAGCGCAACGCUGCUUCUUAACCGUGGCUGAAGAGCUCUUUAGAGACGAAGUGAACUGGGGGCGGAUCGUGGCUUUCUUCGAGUUUGGUGGGACCAUGUGCGUGGAGAGCGUCAACCGGGAGAUGGCGUCCCAGGUAGAUAGUAUUGCACACUGGAUGACAGACUACCUGAACGGGCCACUGGAAAACUGGAUCGAGGAAAAUGGAGGUUGGGAUGCCUUUGUGGAGUUGUACGGUCAGCAGAGAGGCUCCGUGUUCCAUCCAUUGUCGUACCUAACGAAAGUGCUUGGAAUAGCGGCAUUGGGCUUGGCAGGAGCGGCGCUGGGCUUUUUCAUUCAGAAGUGACGGCCCUGCAGGUCUCUCAGCUAAUUCAUCUCACUUUCUCUGCCUGUCUCUCCUCUUCAGCUUAUCAAAGCAUCUCUCAGCGCCACACUGCCCCGCUAAGCCCGGCACCAGUGCCCUUCAAAGGCCGCCACUGAUCCGAUGCCCCUCCAGCCACGGGCGCUACGGCGCUCACGCUGUUUCAGCCUCUCGGGAGUGAAGAGAACACAAAGAAAAAGAAUACAGAAUGAGGACUCGCAGGAACGCUCCCACACUUUAACUAUGAUGCUCGUCACUGCCAUGUACAGUCGCGCUCACGCAGAGAUCGACACACAAAACACGUGCACACACAAACACAUGCUCACAUACUUCAUAUGGACGUUUUAUCUCUAAAGUUUGUUUCUUAUGUAUGAAACAAGUACAAAGAGUUUUUUAAACUUAAGAUUUUUGACAUUUUGAUAUCAGGUUUUUUGGCAUUUUGUAGCAUGAAUCAAAAAAAAAGAGAGAGGAAAAUAAAGUUUGCCGGCGUGAAUGUAAAUAACUUCUCCACUUUUUUGCAUGUGUGGAGAAAGAGACUCUUUAAGCUACUUUACUGCAUGAUGGCAUUUUGAACUCGGCCACCCACCUCUACUUUGUCGAUUCGGGGUGGGUUUUUUUUCAUGUUUUUGUUUAUUUCUGUCUCUCACUCCAUUGGAUGGACCUCUUGAGAUCUCCCGUCAAACCAACAGAUGUUGAGUAUUCCUCAUUAAAAAGUUCCUCUUUGAUUUUGCUCCGUGUCUUACUGUUUGGUGAGCACAAAGAACGUGCCAACAACCAAACCGAAGCGGAUAUCAUGAUGAAAUCUCACCGGAGUUGUCUGACCCAAAUCGCCCUUUUUUGAAUGUAAAGACUGGAAGUUUUACUUCUGUUGUUUUUUUUUGUGUUGGUUUGAUUGGUGCAAAAUGCCUCGAAAGAGCAAUUCUGAUGGUAAAUUCCAUUUUCGAGGGUAUUGUGUAUGUAAAGUCUGUGUACAUGUAGUGUAAGUGUGUGUAUACGUCUGUAAAUAGAUUGAGAGCUGGACUUGGCUGUGUUCUGGUGGAGAACGCGGGCGACCCGCCAGUUGUGUCCAAGCCAGGCGUGUAUGUGCGUCUGCAGAUGAAACGGACAGGUGGCAGCUGGGAACAGAAGUUCAUUCAGGCUGGCAUGAUAGGCACGCAGGCCAAGACUCUGAACACAACGGACCAGGUGUAUCACUUUCCCCUCCUCAUCGCCCCUGCAAUGUUAUCUUUCUUGCAUGGUAGAUUACAGGCACCUUGUGAGCUGUAGAUCUUUGGAUGCCCCAACAACCAAUGAAAUCGGAUCCGUCUUCUGUAACUUCCGCCCCAGAGAGAAUCUCAUCUAGUGAUAUACCACAAGUCCCCAGUGUGUUCCACUGGGAGGGUUGAUUUCUCAUUCACAGGAAGAUACUGAGACACCAGCUUUUCCUAAUGUCUUUUCCCCAUCAGAUGUCCAUUAAAGUCACUGGUGUAGAUUUAGCGCUCUCUGUGUCAGGGAUAGAAUCAUGUAUAAAACACAAGGUUGAGCAAAAAUUCAGGAUGGGCAUCCUUUCAAUUCAUAAGUUUGAAUUUUACUUAGAAUAACAGGAAGAUGAAUUUACUAAAUUGCAAUUCAAAGAAAUUCACAAAUUACUUUCAAACAAUGCUGUCAAGCCGACGUUCAAAAGUUCUUCAUUAUUAAACUUACGAAUUUUUAUUUAAUUCUUACUUUAUUCUAUUAAAAUUCAGAAAGCUUUCUCAAUUCAAUUCCAAAUUGAGCACAAGUCUGAUACUGUGUCUACAGACUUCAUUCAGAGUGAACAGUUAAUGUGGCGUGAACGAAAAAGAGGCUGUGAAGGAUGCGCGUAAAGGGUUAUUUUUUAUUUUUUUUAUUUUAAAGGGUGCAAUUUUUCUUUUUUCAGAAAGACAUUUCAGUAUUUUGUUGGCUAAACAGCCCUUAGUAUGCAAAAGUAUAACAUGAACUGUACGUUUUUCCCCUCACAGUCUCAUUUUCAUUCUAGUCAACACUCUAACCAAGGAUCCAUGUCAGGAUCGACUUUAUCUAGUCUAUCAACACGGCUCUCUUGAGUGUGUAAAUGGUACAGAUUAAACAUUCGCUAUCUAAUAGUGUACUAUAUUGAUGCACCCUUUAUCGGGUGGUGCAGGACUGUGUCAGAAUAUGUUAAAGCGAGUUUUUAGGACUCACAAAGAUGUAAGAUCAUUUUACUUUAGCUGCUAAAGAUCUAGCGAUGUAAGACAACAGGGUGUGAGUUGAGCUUCUCCCUGUUGCUGCACCAUAUGAAGCUGCUCGUGGACGAACCAGCGUAUAACUGCCACUGCUGGAGCGGAACUAGUCCAUCCACUCCUGAAGUCUCACUUACCCUCUGGUUAGGAGAAGCUGAGAAGUCCAUUACAAUCAGACUCUGUGGACCUAUUCGAGUUUAAGAAGAGGCCUUGAGUUUUUAAUUAAAUAGCAUUUCUAUUCACAAGCUAUUUUCAAAUACAGUUUGUGUCAAAUUCCUCUGCACCUCAAGAGUAAUCAAGCAGUGAUUGUCAAGGAAAUUUGACUUUGACAAAAGAAAGCUGAAGGAUGCAGGAGAUGUAUUUCACCAAUGUAUCUAGUUGGUAAAGGUGUGUAAAUGUAUAAAUCAUAAGGUUCUUGUGUAGCAUGUGUGUAUACAUUAAAAUCAUUUGCAUUGUAAGGGGCUAUACACACAGAAUGCAUUUUUUGCCUUUAAAAGCGUCAAAAUGGAACGGGCAAAAAAACACGGGCUCUAAAAUUUUACCUUGAGUGCUGUUUUUAUAACACCGUAUCAUGUGUGAGACACUGCAAAAGGUGUUAGACGCAACCGCUACCAUAUAGUGCAUGAUGGAAAAGCAAAAGCGUGUUUUAUGUGAACAGCCCGUAAAACUGUGUCCUAACCAUGGUGAAGCAAAACUCCAUAUAGCUGCAUAUUAUUUUAUUUAUUUGUUCUGCACGGAAAUCACAAGGAUACAGUACCAGAAGGGGAACGAAACCCAUUUGGGUUUAUACAGAGCUGCACUCCACUUACAUGAAUGAACAAACAAACAAAAAAAAGAAGAAAAAGACAAAAUAAAGGCGCGCAAACAGAUAAGUUAUUAAAUAUUAAGAUAUUUAAAGCUGAAGUGUGUAAUUUCUGCGUCACUGGACUGAAUUUGACUGUUUUUAAACAGGUUUCCGAAACACUGUCGAAAGCCCCGCCCCAAAACAAACCCCAUUGGCUGAACCAGUGUUGCUGUUGCCGGGCAGGUUGGGAUGUUCAAACAAACAGAUCAAUAUUUUGAAAACACCUCAGAGCUGCUGUGUUUAAUUUUUUAGGGCACUCAACAUGUAACCGUCGUAGUAACAAGUUUUAACAUAAAAAUGACAUAUCAGGUUUAAACAUGAAAUAUGUUCUCAUUGGCUGUUGUCUCAUUACACAAAAUGUUCCCUUUCUCUGCUAAGAGAAUGCUCGGAGACUUCAUUUGGUUGGGACACAGUGUGAAAGUGGGCAUUGAAAGAAGGUGUAACUUGGUUAAUCUCCAGGGUGAAUAUUAUAUUUUAUUUAAAAUAUUCUGUAUCUCUUUGUUUAAUGUAAAUUAUCUUUGUAGCUUAUACUUCUGCAAAAAAAUCUCCAUCUGUCAGUUCAUUCCUCAUUCUUUCAUACAUUCUUUCAUUCUUGUCAUACAGACGGAAAGAGGAUGGGCUUUUGUUUUAGCUCACGUCCUGUCUGAUAAAUAUGGAAGUGAGAUUUAAACUGCAGCGAAAGGGGUUUUCCCUCCUUCCAUCUGGAUAGUGCAGUUCCGGUGAUCUGUUAAGAGUAAAAAUUCAAUUACAGUCUCCAUGAUUUUUACAUUUUGCAUGAGUGCAUUCUUUCAUCUCCAGCCAUACGGCUACAUUUUACAUACGUGAUUUUCACAUUGUUUUCAAUAUAAAUGACUCAGUUUGUGUGACUGUUCUGAAAUAAACCCCCACGCCCUAUCAGAUCAAAUGGAAAAGAUGAUAAAAAUGUUUUUUUUUUUUUCUUCGGCAGCUAUAAUGCAUUCAUUUUACAAUACCACUUUCCUUUGAGGAAAAAAAGAAAUUGAUUUUCUACUUUGAUUUCUUUGCUUUCUUUCUUUUUUAAUGACUUUGCUGCCAUACCUUCCCUCAUAUAUCACAUAUCCAUUAAAAUGUAGCAAAAUAUCUGGAGGAUUUUAAUAUAGAGACAGGAGUUUAUAUUUGAUUUCCAUUUUCUCAUUUUUCCACCAUUAUCCUGUUUGUCUUCUUGUCUUGUAUGCCCUCAGCAUGUAGCAUUCAAAAGCAAUUGUUCACGUUUUUUCUUUCUAUUUUUUGUUUGUUUAAUUUAUCCUCUUAGCACUUGUGAGUUUUAAAUAUGUCAAUAUCAUUUUGUGUACGUAUCCAUGUCAUAAGCUAACAGUUAUGUGUCCUAAUUAAAUAAACCUUGCCUUAUCAUCUGA